GUGGUGGAACCCGUGCGAUUUCGAAGCCAUAGUACUGAGAAUACGUUGGGGCAUGAUCGGUUGAAAUUUUUCUCAUCAGUCGAGCUCAAGACUGCAACGCGUCGAUUUUAAGAUUCGAUCGUGGCUUAUAUGUGAUAUUCGCUGAACCGUGUGUGAUCAUUUAUCAGAAAGGAAAAGGAAAAGUUAAGUGGAGACAAUUAAGUGGAUUGAAAGUGUUCGAGUACAUUAUAACUAACCCUUGCCUGUCUGCACUUUCUUGUAACGGUUGCGUGUAGUGAUCUUGCCGGGAAAGUGACUGAUUUCAUUUCGCCAAAAGGAUAUCGUAUAUAUCUGUAACGAGUAUCUAGAUUUUUUUCAAAUCCGGUUUACGGUUAGUGGUCUUUAUAUUUCUACAUCUGUAAAAUUCGAUAGUUACAGAUCGGUAGUGGUCUUUUAUGUAUGGAGUGUUUAUGUAAUGCAUAUACAUGUUCGAAUGUGUCGUUAAAACCGGUCACCAGCCAAUAUCGGAAUAGCCUAGAGCGAAUACCUUGCAUGCAUAUUCUAAGCUCCAGCCAGGCAAAGUGAAAGGACUGAAUGCAGCACGUUUGCAACAUUACUUAACCAUAUUGGACUAUGCUCUGAACUUGUUUCAUUUUGAUUUUUCGGAUUUACCAGUCUGUUCAAUGCUUUUACUUUCAUAAUGCCGUCAUUAUUUUAAUUGCUUGUGCAGAAAACCAUUUAGCGGAUCUUGGAUAAGAUUUAAGGUUUAAACUGGGCAGAGAGAGAGGGAGAGGAAAAUUUCUUUGGUUCAGAGUCUGUGAAAAAUGUAAGACUGCGCUCGUAUUUGCAAUUCAUGGAAAAUACAAAAAUAUUAAAAAUAAUUAUCUAAAAUUUCAUUUCUGAAUAAGGUAGUGCGUCCCAGUUUCAAAACGAGAGAUAAUAACGCCUAAUAAUUACUUUUUUCCCCUCACAUCAACAAAUUAGAAAUAAACGUGUGAAGACUGCAUUAAAUUUUAAUUAUCUAAUUUUUUAGUGAUGGUGUAACUACCCAAAGGUGACUUUAUGUGUAAAAUAAAAUUCGUCUGUGUGCUCCUACGCUAGUGUGACUAACGUUGAUCGCGUGUGUAACUCCAAUUUCGAACCGACCCAUAUUCUAAGGUUGCCGCGUUUAUUAGUAUCCAUCCAUCUUGAAAACACCCUUUUGUAUCUUAUACUAACGCAUAUAUCAUAUCUUAAAAACUGUGGCAUGGAAUUUGAUCGACAACAACCACGACCACAAUACCAUUAAAUCGCGCUGUUCCAAAGAAGUUGAACCUUUACACAUUUCUCAAGAUUUCGCAUCCAUGGGCGUUCAUCAACUGACAUCAUUAGCAUAAACUGAUAAAUAUCGUAAUUCGUCGAGCUAAAGACUUUAGCUCGAUUUGAUGUAAAAAUUUCGAAGUUAACAUCACAAAUAUCGAUCAGUCGCGAUCAUGUCGACACCAACUAGUCCAACAACAGAUUCUAAUGAUCAAACAGAUCAUACAUAUCCUUAUAAGAAUGAGGUCUCAUUAUCGAUUGGUGACGAUCAACCACCUACGAUUACUCCAACACCCUCACCGCGCUCUAUUCAGAUGACAAUACCUAUACCAGAAAUGGAAGAUGUACCCUUGAGGAAGUCCCCGAUUCAUGAUACAAAGGUGGGAUUGGAUAAUCCAGGUUUUGAGCCUGAAUCAAAUAAGCCACGACCGUUAAGUUCAUUCGGUCAGAAUGGAUUGAAUGAUACAUCGAUGAAGUCAACAACACCGCCUCCGGCAAAUGGGAAGAAUCAUGAUGUUAAGGCACCAGUUUCAGAAGCGGUAAACCUAGAAUUAAUUAAUUUAAAUAAACCGACAAAUGGUCACGGCAAUGGUCAUGGAAACGGUUUGCCAAUCAAAAAGGAUACAGCUGAAGUGGAGAUCGGGGAUCCUUACGAUGAAUACUUUGUACCAGUCAAUGAACACCGGAAAUACAUGAGUGUGUCGUUCAGUAAUCCGCAUGGUAAUCGUGGCGUAGAUCAUUGGGGACAUUCAAUUAACGUUCCUGCACAAGGCGUUGUGGACUAUAAGAAUUGGACUAAAGUUGCGAGGGGCGAGAAACUAUACGUAACAAAAGAUAAACGUAUGAAGAAAAACUGGAGAAAAUGGCUAUGCUGGGCCAUUUGUGCAGCACUCAUACUUGGCGCAAUUAUCAUAGCAAUUUUGGCAGCAACAGGCGUAAUUUUAAGUAGUGAUCCCACACCAGUUGAAUCUCGGCAAUUUGGUACCAAAGAAAGUCAAGUUAAAUCAGCCGGUAUAUUUGGUGCAGGUUCAUCCGACAAUCAAGACAAUGGUAUGACAGAUUAUCCACUAACUCCUCCACCGCUUGGAUCGACGGUUCCGCCUAUACCGCCAACGACAGCGGAUGCAAUCGUUUACGUUCCUAAUACCGUGGAAGGACAACUUACCUUGGCUAAUCUUGAAUUCCUGGACGAAUAUAGUGACAGCAACAGCGCUAUUUACCAAUCCUUAGCGCGAGAUCUACAGGAAGAGAUCAAGGAAGCCCUGAAGCGGCCAUAUAUAAACAACGACCGGGUACAUGUCAAAAUAAUGAGCAUGAAGCCUGGAUCAGUUGUAAUCGACUUCAGAGUAAGCUGGGAUCCUCAAGACGAUGAAAACUCUUACGAUAUGGAAGGACUGAAAGACAGACUUGAAAAUUAUCUCAAUGACAAUCACGGCUAUCUUUCUAGCUAUCUUGUCCCGACAAACUCUCUAAGAGCUGCUCGUUUGCCAGAUGUUUGUGCAAUGAACACUUCCGAUCUUACUUGUGAUAUGGGUUGUGAAUUCUCUUCAGUUAUUUCUGAUUUCGUAUGUAUUUGUCCUGAUAGUAUGGAAGUUGAUAGUGUUACGAGGUUGUGCAAAGAAAAACGAGUGGUAGAUAGUUUUAACGUUUAUGAAGUCACUAGGCCACCAAAGUCUUUGGAACAUGAUCAAGUGAAUGAUUUUUACGAACACGAUCAAGGACAAAAUGACUCCGGGGUAGAUGAUCACAACCAACACGAUCAUAGUAUGCACGAUCAUAGCAUGCAUGAUCAUAGCAUGCACGAUCAUAAUCAAUACGACCAAGAUUUCAUGGAUCACAUGCAUGAUCAUGAUGGGCACGAUCACAGCAUGCAUGACCACAACAAUGAUGAUAAUUUCUUCUACUUUGAUGUUGAGCCAAAAUCAGCUCAUGAACCAAGUGCUGAACCAGAACCUACUAGUGAACCAGAGCCAAAAUCUGAACCUGAACCCGCAAGUGAACCGGAACCAAAAUCCGAGCCCGAACCUGUUAGUGAACCGGAGCCUAAAUCUGAACCCGAGCCAACAAGUGAGCCGGAACCUAAAUCAGAACCAGAACCGUCAAGUGAACCGGAACAUAAAUCGGAACCAGAGCCUGCAAGUGAACCAGAACCUAAAUCGGAACCUGAACCGGCAAGCGAACCUGAACCAGCAAGUGAGCCUGAACCAACGUCAAUCCCCGAGCCUGCUAGUGAACCAGAGCCUUCUAGUGAGCCUGAACCAAAAUCUGAGCCUGAACCAACAAGUGAACCUGAACCAAAGUCUGAACCUGAGCCUUCAAGUGAGCCAGAAUCAAAAUCUGAAUCUGAGUCUGCCAAUGGAGCAAAUCUUCAAGCCGUAAUUGGACUUAAAUCUGAACCAGAACCUGCAAGUGAGCCUGAGCCAACAUCAGAACCAGAACCUGCUAGCGAAACUGAGCCAAAAUCAGAGCCGGAACCAACUAGUGAACCUGAACCAAAAUCAGAACCAGAACCCACAAGUGCGCCGGAACAAAAAUCAACUGAUGAAACGGACAGCAUUCAUCACUAUGUGGCUGGCAACCAAGAUAUGCAAAACCAUGAUCACAGCAACGGAGACCAUGUUUAUUUCCAUGAAAUUGUUGGCACAACACAUUCGACAGAUGAGGCAAAUCAAUCUAAACAUGAAAUCGAAGCCACUGCAGAACCAGAACCGUCAAGUGAACCAGAACCCACUUCAGAGCCAGAGCCAAAACCCGAAGCAGAGGUAAAGUCUGAAACAGAAUCAAAGUCUGAAAUGGAAUCAAAAUCCGAAUCAGAAACGAGAUCUCCUCUAGAGCCAAGUUUAGAGAUAUACUCUCCAAAGAGUGAAGCUACCACCGCGACGAUAGUUGAAAAUUCAAGCACAUCGAAUUUGACCAAUGCAACUCAACCGCCUUACCAAGUAAACGUGAAAUAUUACAACUUCUCUGACAAUGAUUCUGAAGUAGAACCAGGCACCAUCUUUUCUGACCAAAGCAGAUUUGAGCCAGGAUCAAACUUCUCAAAUGCGAUAGAGUCUGGCCACAUUCAAACUUCAAAUGAUUCAAUGGUUCUCCUCAAUAAUUCGGACAACCUUAAUGAAACCACUCUUUCGAAUAGGACCGAGCAAAUUUCUGGGCCAACAUAUGUUCUAGGUUUUCCUGAAAUGGGAGUUCAGCCCGAAUCUGUGACCGAGCCGAUUCCAUUAACUGAGUCGAAAUUGAAUGAAAGUGCUACUUCUGGCCUUGAGAUUUCUGGUGCCGAAGAAAUAACACAGAAUCCAUUGUUUAUGCCCAGAGAUUCAAGCAGUGAAUCAACAACGCAGCACACUAUUUUCGCCGCUUCAAAUUCAGAAAAUGCUUCAAUCGACCAAUUUGUAACCCCUUCCUGGCACGGUGAGAUUACCAGCGAAAUGGUACAUUCCGUUGAAAAUCAGACAUCCGUUCCUGAAUCGUCAGCAACUUUGAACAAUACAGACAGUCUUAUGCAUCAAUUGAACGAAGACAUUGACACCCAUGUGAUCCCUUUGAAUCAGUACACAGACACCAAUAAUUUCAGGAUGAAAGAACUAACUGGUUCGAGCUCUGAGGCCGCUCCUAAGGACACCACAUCUCAAGAUAUCGAAGAAAUAAUGCGUAACAGAUCGUUGUACUUCCCACUGGAACACGAAACUCACUUUAUUGCUGAAGACGAUGAAGAUGAGGAAAUAAUGCCUGUCACAAAAGUAUAUCACACGAUCAGUAGAACUACGACCACCAGAACGAUAGGAUCAGAUUCAGUAGCAACUGACGCUCCUGGCCUAUUCUCCAAUGCAAAUGUUAUCGAGAGCAGGGCCAGCGAUAAUGCUAUUUUAGCUGAAGAUGAUUCAGUUUUCAGUGAUGAACUCCAUAACACUUCCAUUGUUGGUGCGAUACCUCCAACAUCAGCUUCAGAAAAUGUUACUUCAAGCCCAGUAGAUAAGCGGUUUGAAGGUCAUUCCAUAAUUCAUGUCCCUGACAGCACAACCGCCAACACAACAGAUCGGGUGUAUGUGGUGGGAGCAGGUGAUAGUUUGAACAACAUUUUUGAGAAUUCCAGUACGGAGGAUAAUGUACUAAUUGUAGGACCCUCCUCAAAUUCCCCAGCGCAUGAUAAUAGCUCGGAAUCUGUGGUUGUCAUUGAACCUUCUACAAUCCACUACGCAAGCACUUCCAACACUACUGACCUGCCUCACGACGGGAACGUUUGGAUUGUAGGAUCAAGUGUUACAACAUCGUCCACUAGUCAAAGCUCCCCACAAGAAGUUGUAGUCACUGGCCAAUUCCAGGAUGGAACGACUGAGAUGAACAACGCUACAUCAACCACUGUACUACCCUCAACUGGAAGCUCUUCUGAAAAUGUGCCGGCAAUGAAUACAACUAUGAGUGAUACCACCGCCGUUUCACCAGCUCCUGAUGAAAAUGUAGUUUCUUCAACAAGUAGUGACAGCCUGGCUUCAAGAUUGUGGAAUGUUUUGCAUCUGAUCUCAGACAAGCAGCCUGCAAGUGACUUGAAUGGUAAUAGUACAGUGGCAGUCACUGAAAUCAUUGAAGGAGCCAAUAAGAUUGUUUCGACAGGAAUGGAUGCUAGAAGUGAGAAUGUAUCUAGCUCUCCAGUUCCGACUGUAGAAAGUCCUGCACCAGUGACUGAGCUGAACAACGAUGAUUUGCCGACACCCACAGGAGUUUACUUCAAGUCCCCGCGUGUUAUGGACAUCGGAGCGGAUAUAAACAUAAUGGACGGCAGCGUUGCCACCCAAGCAACAACUGCUAAUGGAACAUCUGUCUAUUCAACCCCAACACCAGUCGUUGUACCUGUUUGGAGCAUUGAUAAUUCCACCGGAAACUUUUCUGAAUCAAACUCUGCCACAGUCUCCUCACCUCGUCAAUAUUCAGUAACUGAGCACCUGUCCGAGUCUGAUCUUCAUAGUCAAAGUGUUUUCUCAGAUCAGUCUCCAUUCCUUCCUGAAACGGAGAAUAAUGCAACCCUCCUUAAUAUCCUCCAUCGGGGUCAUGAUGUUGAAAUUCACAACGAAACAGAUGAAACUGUCCCAACAAAAGAGGAAGGCCAAGAACGACAACUUGAAAAUGAUGAACAUCAUACAAUGAACCCCACAGACGAUAAGAAGUUCCUGGAUCAUGUUGAAGAAGUUAAGGAUAUUCUGUUGCGUGUUGUACCUCUUGACAAGGAAGAAAACGAAAUAGCUGACGAAGCUAAAAGCAGCAAGGAAGAACAAGCGGGAAGCGUAAUUUUAGUGACUGGGGCACAAAACACCACAGAAGUAGAAACAACUUUAAGAACAACUUCUACAGCUUCAUUAGGUGAUACCACUUCUGACGUAGAUGAUGAAGAGACUACAAACGAAAUCCUUUUAGCCGAUGAGUCAACAGAAAAGAUGAACAUAAUUCAGGAAACAACACUUGAGUCGACAACUUCAACCACUGAAGCGAGUGUAAGUGAAGAUACAUCCAAGAACCAAAUUGCAGAUGAGAACGAUGUCCUCAAAACAAACGAAAAUGAAUUGAAAGUAAUUCCACUGGGAAACCCAGAACAGGCUAAUGAAUUGACAACAACUGAAGAUGAGAAAUCCUUUGAAACAACGACCGGUCAUUUUUUAGUUAAUAGGACGUUUCAAUCGAAUCACAAUGAAUCGAUUGGAGCGUCCAACAUCUCGGAUGAUUCCAAUGAGGAAAGUAGCGAAGAAAUGAACACUGAAGUCCCUGGAGUUCCUGAUGUAGUAAAUACGGAAGAUGUUGGAAGGAACCACGUCGAAUCCUUUUUGUCAGUUGAAACGAUCAAAUCAAAGGAGAUCCAAAAUGAACCAGCAGACAAAGUAGAAUAUGCUAAGGAAGGGAUGGUAAAUGAGUCUAAUGGCACUGGUUUGGUGCACAAGUUAGAGAAUUCUCAUGAACAGGAAUCCUCAAAUGCGUCUAUAGGAGACACUUUUAUGGAAAAAUCAAUAAUUCAGGAGAAUAAACAAGAGACUGUAGUCGGCGUUACUGAGCAACCCUUUAUUGACUCUAGCAAAGACAAACAAGUUCAGGAUAAUGAGCUCUUUUUGAAUAGCGCAUCAAGUUCAACAACUGAGCCCCAGAGCUCCUCAACAGAGCAGUCUACCAAAAACCUCAUCGACCUCCUACAAUCCAGUGGUCAAAACGGCGACAUGACUGACCUCCGUCUAUUCCCAAUUGAGACAAUAAAUCUUUUCACGAAAUGCUCUGCUGGUCAAUUUGAAUGCGUCAAUGGAACUUCGUUGAGAGACGGAACUUCCUGCAUUAGCCAAAGUGAACGCUGUGACUCCGUUCUUCAGUGCUCGGACGGUUCAGAUGAAGACGACUGCAAGGAACUGGGAUGUCCAGGACACUUCCAAUGUGGGGACGGGCUUUGUUUGGGCAGACAUUUAGUUUGUGAUGGAGUCAAACAUUGCAGCGAUGGAAGCGACGAGACGGAUUGUGAAUCAUGGCAAUGUCGAUUUGAUGAGAUCCCUUGCGGACCGAGUGCAGGUGGACCUUGCCUUCCAUCCACUUGGAAGUGCGACGGUUUAGAGCAAUGUCCCAAUGGCUUCGAUGAGAUGAACUGUCCUGAUAAUUGCGAGAACAAUGAGUUCUUCUGUUCCGCUCAACAACGUUGCAUUCCUGAAGUUUGGAAAUGUGACGGGAAAGUCGACUGCUUGGAAGAGGAAGACGAGAGAGUCUGCAACUGCAAUCCAAAUGAAUUCAGAUGCCAGGCUGGAGGGUGUAUAAAUGAGCGCUUCGUUUGUGAUGGAUUCGUCCAUUGUCCAGAUAUGUCUGAUGAGUGGAAUUGCAUUAACUUGGGUAAUGCCACCAGCAACAAUCAAACCGAUUUUCUCCUGAAAAUCAAAGACUCGAAGGUCUGUGCCGAUGGGUGGAAGCGACAAAACUCAGAACAGAUUUGCAGGAAGUUAGGAUAUCCAGGAUCACGGUCAUGGACAGUGCUUAAUACUGAUCCCAAUGAAGGAAAUGUCGAGGUACUAAAGGUCCGAGAGAAAUCAAGUGGAGAUAUUUUGAGGUCGUUCGACUCAGCCAGCGAAUGUGAAGAUGGUGUCAUAUCGUUGAGUUGUUUGCCUUACGAUUGCUCAACGAAUCCGGAAUCAUCUUCAAAUAUUGUCUUAGCGGUUGAUGAUCGGUCAGGUUUGCAGUGCAUUGCAAGUAUUAUUGCUGCCAAAUGGGCAAUAGCUAGUUACUCGUGUAUAAGCAAGAGCCAAGAUUUGAUGACCAACCGAAGCUUGGAUUUCACUGAAUGGUCUCUGGUGGUUCAAAAUGGAGUUAUUCCUGAUAAUAGCACGGCGAUGUUUAGAGUGAAGAGGGCGCAUUCGUAUGCUCAUACAAGAUAUCGUCAUCUGAUGUAUUCUUCCGACAUCGUGCUUCUUGAACUGGACUUACCAAUUAAAUUCAAUAAAUUCUUGAAACCAGUUUGCCUGUCGAGUGCUCCAAUAAAUAGUACACAAGUGUGUGCUGUUAGCAGUUGGAAUCUUGAGUUCAAAAACAAGGAGCCUGACUUCUUCAGCAGCAAUAUCACAAUGAAUUCAAGAGAAAACUGCAAUUCAACAGAAUUCUUCGCUGGUAGUCUACCUAGCGGAUCCCUAUGCAGUGACGGUGAAAAGGAUGAAGAUUUACGCGUUACAUGUAAUACGAGCGAAGGUGCACCACUUUCCUGCCUUCAACGAAACAACACGUGGGUUGUUCAAGGACUUCUAAACUAUCGCGGAGGAUGCGGUAGAAGACCGAAAACGACAGUAUAUUCUCUGAUAACCAGAGAAAUACAAAAAUGGAUUACUAAUACUGUAGGCAAUAGUUUGAUGUUCAAGAGCUAAGUGCAUAAGAUUGUUUAACAAUCUUAUUGAAAAGAAAGUCACAUGAUCAAAGAUAUUUAAAAUACAAUUUAAAAGUAAAUUGUAUCUUAGAUAUAAAUAGAAAUUCGGUCAAACCAUUUUAAAAAAAUUAUCCCAGAUAAGAAAAAUGUUUUAGUUAUUGUAAAUAUUUAUUCAGUAUUAAUUUACGUGUUUACCAAUAGUUUGCUAUAAUAAUUGCUAAUUAUAUAUAUGUAUCCCUGUCCAUAGAUUUAUGUUUUUAUAUUGAAAGGAUAAGAAAUAAAUCCACAUGUUAUAAUCCAACUGAAAGACAUUGUAAAUAUGUAUCAAACACUAUUAAAAAAACUGUGCAAUUAGAUUCCUUUCAAUUAUAUUAAAUUGUUUUGAACAUUCCGUUUCCUUUUAUAAUUCUAAUAAAAUAAUUGAGUUUAAAAAUUGUAAAAAUUGAACCUGAACAACUCAGUAAGUAAAUAUACUCCAUUUAGCAAUAGAAAUACUAUAUGAUUACCAAAAGUGACAAAAUGUAGUCUUAAAAUGAAAUAUUUAAUUCACUGACUGGUCUAAUCAAAAAUGAAGGUAACUCCAUAUGUUGUCUUACCUUCCAAGAGCAUUAUCUUGAGAAAACGAUUAUCUAACACAUGCAAAAGUGCUCCACAAUGAGUUCAGAUAAAAAAAUCUGCACAAAGUCCCACAAAAAUUGUUUUUCACUACGAAAUCGCUAGUCACAAGUGUUUGUGCCAAUUAAUCAAAUGAAAUUGUAAUCUGAUUGUCUGAAAAUUAUUAAUUUCACCCAGAAAAUCAACGAAAUUGUAUAAAAAUUAAAGAAAAGAUCCAAACGAAGGUUUCUUGUCAUUAUUCAAUGGAAGAACUGUUUGGUCAGUUUCAAAUGAAACACAACAAUCAAAGGCUGGACCUUAUGAAAAAUUGGUCCGAAAAUUAUGAGAACUUGUUAUAAAUUUAAUUUUAAGAAUUUAGAUUUAGUGUUGAAUUCGCCGUUUCAUGUUAAGAACCCGAAUUGAGCGGAUGAUGUACUUAACGUAGUUAUAGUAUCAUUUCUGAAUAUUAUUGAGAAUUAGAUUAGAUACACUCAUCAAAUUGCAUCACAUGGUACUUAUCUAUCUAGGAUUUUCCUUCUUGCAUUUCUCUUAUAGAAUGAAUAAUAAGAUAUUAUUGAUGGUUUUGAAAUUUUCUAAAAAAAAAAAUCUUAAACUGCCUCAAUUUGGCACAGGGUUGAGUUUCAAUUUCAUAUUUUGAAAACUCCCCUGCUAGAAUCAAAGCAAUUUCAAACUAAAAUCUGUUAUACACUAUCCAUUUGUUAACUGUUAGAAAAACAACAUUACAUUUUCUUCGAAAUAUCUAUUAUCUAAUAAAUAUAAAAAAAAAAUAUCUAAACAUAUUUUUAAAAUAUGUAUAAAAGAUUAAAAUCUAUGUAUGGAUGUGUUGGUUUAUUGUUUAUCAUCAUAUAUUUUUCUAACUGUUAACCGAAAUGUAAAUACAUAUAUUAUAUAAAAUAAUAUUACUGACAUACAUAUGUAUACUUAUGUGAAAACACAUUGAGUAGGUUGCAAUAAGGAAACAUACGUUUUUUUAUUAGGACUUUUAUAUUAUUCUGUAACUAUGCAUAUAUUAUAUACUUGUACAUUGAUGUCAAACAUUGCAAAGUAAAUAUAUAAAAUGAGUUAUAUUUAAGAAAAA